GCCCCGCGCCGCCCGGGCCAUUUUGCGGCGCGAUGAGGCGGGAGCGGCGGUGAGCAGCGCCCGUCCCGCCCGCUCCGCUCGCACCGCCGGGCACGGCCCUCCCGAGGGCGAGCAGACUCAGCAGGGGACAGCGGCACCCCCCGCCCGCCCCUCAGCGCCGGCGGAGCCAUGAGCUGGGGCACGGAGCUGUGGGACCAGUUUGACAACUUAGAAAAACACACGCAGUGGGGUAUUGAUGUUCUGGAAAAGUACAUCAAGUUUGUAAAAGAAAGAACAGAGAUUGAACUCAGCUAUGCAAAGCAGCUUAGGAAUCUUUCAAAGAAAUACCAACCCAAGAAGAACUCCAAAGAGGAGGAAGAAUACAGGUACACAUCAACUAGAGCCUUCCUAGCCACUUUAAAUGAAAUGAAUGACUAUGCUGGACAGCACGAGGUCAUCUCAGAGAACAUGACCUCUCUGAUCACUGCAGAGUUAACACGCUAUGUGCAGGAGCUGAAACAGGAGAGGAAAUCGCACUUCCAUGAUGGCAGAAAGGCACAACAACACAUUGAAACUUGCUGGAAACAACUUGAAGCAAGUAAAAGGCGGUUUGAACGUGAUUGCAAAGAAGCUGAUCGAGCACAGCAGUAUUUUGAGAAAAUGGAUGCUGACAUCAACGUGACAAAAGCAGAUGUUGAAAAGGCAAGACAGCAAGCCCAGCUAAGACAUCAGAUGGCAGAGGACAGCAAAGCUGAAUAUUCUUCCACCCUACAGAAGUUCAACAGUGAGCAGCAUGAGCAUUACUACACACACAUACCAAACAUCUUCCAGAAAAUACAAGAGAUGGAGGAAAGAAGAAUUGUGAGGAUAGGUGAAUCCAUGAAAACCUUUGCAGAAGUCGACCGCCAAGUGAUCCCCAUCAUUGGGAAGUGUCUGGAUGAGAUAACAAAGGCUGCAGAAUCAGUGGAUCACAAGAAUGAUUCCCAGAUGGUAAUAGAAGCCUUUAAAUCAGGGUUCGAGCCUCCGGGAGACGUCGACUUUGAGGAUUUCACGCAGCCCAUGAAGAGGACAGUGUCUGAAUCCAGCCUUUCCAACUCCAGAGGGGAUGGGAAGUCAGAGCCCAAGUUCAGUAGCAAAUCCAAGGGCAAGUUAUGGCCAUUCAUCAAGAAAAAUAAGGGAGCAGGCCCAGAAGACUUCAGCAAUCUCCCACCUGAGCAAAGAAGGAAGAAGCUUCAGCAAAAGGUCGAUGAACUAAACAGGGACAUUCAGAAAGAGAUGGAUUCAAGAGAUGCCUUAACAAAGAUGAAAGAUGUGUACAUCAAGAACCCCCAGAUGGGCGACGCAGCGAGCGUAGACCACAGAUUGGCAGAGCUUGGGCAGAACAUUGAAAAGCUGCGAUUAGAAGUUCAGAAAUUUGAGGGCUGGCUGGCAGAGGUGGAGGGGCGGCUGCCGGCACGGACGGAGCAGCCCCGGCGCCAGAGCGGGGUCUACGAGGCACAGAACCCAUCAGGAGUGAACAGCUGUGCCCAGGACAGGGAGAGCCCCGAUGGCAGUUACACAGAAGAGCAAAGCCAGGAGACUGAGAUGAAAGUACCUGCAACAGACUUUGACGAUGAGUUUGAUGAUGAAGAACCACUACCCACCAUAGGAACAUGUAAAGCGCUCUAUACAUUUGAAGGUCAGAAUGAAGGAACAAUCUCUGUAGCAGAAGGAGAGAUGCUCUAUGUAAUAGAAGAAGACAAAGGGGACGGGUGGACGCGGAUCCGAAGGAACGAAGAUGAGGAGGGCUAUGUCCCCACAUCCUAUGUUGAAGUCUAUUUGGACAAAAAUGCCAAAGAUUCCUAAAGGUGUUUGUGCUGGUGCAAGAACCUCGGGGCGAGCUUGUCACAGAAGGAGAAACAAAAUGGUCUGUUUACCCUGCAGGCAGUUAAAACACACCCAUGGAAAGCCAGACUCCCACUCUUGUCUGGACUUCCCACUUGAAAAAUUGAGACCUAAAUUCCAUCCCAGUACCAUUCAGACGCUUGCUCUUUUCCAUGGCAUGCUACUUGUGGCUCGGAUUUCCUUAUCAGCCUCUCCCACUCUUCUGCCAGCCUGGCACAGCCCCUCUGUCAAACAUAACACACACUUCUCCCAACCCAAUCCCUCCCAACUUCUGUCAGAGAACUGCUGGCUGCCCUUGGACAGCCAGAGAGUCCCAGGCAUGUUCUGGUCUGUCUUCUGUCCCCUUGUCCCUCAGUCCAUCUGGAUGUACACACUGGUCCAUCAGCAUUUCACACGGUGCCUUUAGUGCUAAACCUGCAGGUCCUCUCCCCAGAGAGCGUGGAAAGGAGGUGAAAACCUCCCCUGGAACAGUGCUACAGCAGCUGGACUGAGCUCUCAAUCUGUCAAUAUAAAAUCUGAUCCACAUGCAUCAUUCAACAUUCUGCCUUCCCCAAAAGGUCACUAAUACUUGUCAGCCUUUAUUUCUCUUUUUUCAAAUCCAGGCUGACGCUCAUUCCAGGUAUUAAACCCCUCUGACCCUGCUGUUUCCUGAAACCCUUCAAGCUCACGUAUGUACUUGUUUUCCUGCUUGUUCUGUCUGCCCUCCUGUGUCCCUGCUGUUCCUCACACGCACACAGACACACACACAGACACAGACAGUGGCAUUUUGGUUGGCAGCCCUUGCUGCUGCUCACAGGCCCCGUUUGGCUCUCGUUUCAGCCUGCAUGCUCGCCCUGUUGCCUUGCCUGCGCCCACCUUCCUCAGGGUCACGUUAUUUUGUGGCUCGUGGUUUAAUCUCUCUGCAGUUUUCUUUUGGUUGGUUUGUUUUUCAGCAUUUCAGACCUGCCUUCUCUUUUUGCAUGACCUCCUGUGCGUUCUCAUCAGUUCAUGUUGGAAUAACAGAGUUUUUUUAGAUAAAUAAAAGAGGAAAGGAAAAAAAAAAAAAAGAAACUGCACUGUUUCCUUCUCCCAUCUUGUCGUGGACUGGACCUGGACCCAGCAGCCAAACAGGAAUCGUGACCACCCUGUUUUCACAUAGUUUGGUUUGAAGCAGAAGUAGGAUAAGUGAUUCUGCACUUUAUCAUGUCAUACAGUGGUAAGAGAGCUACAAUAUCUCCAAAAAUCACAUGAUCUGGACUUCAACUGCCCAACAAAGGGUUAAUUUCUUCUCUAAACUUCUACCAACUUCCAUAUUCUAACUUGGUUUCCCCUGAAUUGUUACCAUUGCUUGGUUUUGCAGUCAUGGACAUGUUUGAGCCCUGCAAGAAUCAGUUGCCACUAAAUAGCUCCUGAGGGCCAAAUUUAUUCAUGGAUCCACACCUUGUUUGGGGGAAUCCACUGGCUCUAGUCCAACUCCAGCAUAUUCUGUACAAUCCCCACAAGUUGAGAAAUGCUACAUGGAAGCCACUAUGGGCAGUGACCCCAAAAUGAAACCUCUCAGGGUUUGUUUGCAGGCAGGUGAGUGUUGUUCUGCUGCCUGCUGGGCUGUCCAGCAGGGUCAGCACAUCAAAACACAUCCCAGAACUUCAGACUCUCUGUGCUGGGGAUGGCCUGGGCUGUCCACACAGGGGAUGAAGUGAUUUUUGAGCUGGGUUAUGUGUGGUGUUCAUAAUUCUGUCCCUUUCUCUCCAUUUAAGAUGCCAACUCUUGUUUUUACAAAGUCCUCUGGUGCUACAGUUCAUUCUGUAGCUGUUGUGUGAUGGUGCUUAGGAGCUGCCAGCAUGAACCAGCAGAAGGUUUGUGAUUUAAACCCAACCCAAAUGUGCUGGGCACAGGCAGCUCCAAUGCUGGGGCUGCUCUGUGCAGCACUGGAGGGUCAGAAUCCAAAAAUCACUGCUGCUGCUGUGGUCACUGAGCUGUCCACAUCAAGAGCAGAAUGGGAUCCCCACCUUUGGCACCUGUGGCUUUGUGGUCUCCACCUGCCAGGGGAUCUAAAGGGUUGAACAAUUAACAGGUGUGCAAAGAUAUCCUUAAAAUAUUUUUAGCUGCAGUAUUUUUAUUCUUGUGUCCAAUGCACUGUUGAAUCAGCAGCUAAGAAUUCAUUUUCACCUAUUGUUGUGCCAUCUAUGUAAAAAUCAGAUCAAAGUUUGCUUUUCUAUAUUUAAUCUGGGUGGACAGUAUAUUAUUGUCAGCCUCUGUGGAACAAUUGCAAUGUCUGUGUUUCGAAUUUGUGCUGUAGAAGGAGCAUUAGCUUUAGCUGACUGAUUGAUUCCUGAAGUUUUAUUAAAAGACCAUGUAUGGAGUUUUUAUAAACUUGGCAAGUAGUUCCCAAAAGCCUGGAUCUUAAAACUUAUUUAAGAAAUAGUCACAGUCAUAUCUCAUAGUCUGCACACGUUUAUUCUGCUGCCAUUAUUCAGGGUAAUGAAUAAUUUUUGUAGAAUUUACCUUUGGCAAAUGCUGAAGAACGAAAUAUGUGACUGGUUUAUAAAAACUCUGCUUGGAUUUACUAAUCUUGCCCAGCAGCGUGGACUGUACAUCCUAUGAAAUUUCAUGAUCCCCAGCAAAAGUCUCUAAUGCCCUUUCUUAACACCUGUAAAUAGAGAAGAAACAUAUUUACUGAUAUUCAAAUUUGUGUUUAAUGCUGAGUAUUUUUCAGAAGCUCAUUUAGUUUGAUGCAUAUUGUUCUUUGGUUUUUUGUUUUCCUGCCUGAAAUGUCAGAAGACCUAAAAGAAGCCAAAUUCUAUUUUAACAUGAUGAUGUCGAGCACUUUUUUAUUUGUAUAUGUGUGUGUAUGUGUGUUUGAGCACUGAUCUCGAGAUCUCGGUGGCAUCUCAGUGUUGUGAUUUCAUUGCCAAUGUAAAAGGUUCUGGUGUUGCCCAUUCAUUUCUGGAGACAGAAUUCAAUCAAAUAAAGUGCUUCCAUUUGAAAGCGAAUAUUGACCUUGUAGCAAUGAAACAAAGUCAUCUGCAUAUUUAAAUAAACAUUUAAUUCCAGAAA